ACAAAAUGAUGGCCUUUUGUCACCUUGCUGCCGUGCUGCUGUUGGCUGGGCUCUGCUGGGGAUGGGACUUCCCUUUCAGGGAUCCCACAUUGCCUUGGGAGGAACGGCUGGACGAUCUGAUUAACAGGCUAACCCCAGAGGAGAUGGUCCUGCAGAUGGCAAGAGGAGGAGCUGAGGACAAUGGGCCGGCCCCACCCAUUGACCGUUUGGGCAUUGGGCCCUACAACUGGAAUACAGAAUGCCUUCGUGGUGAUGCAGAAGCUCCGGGCUGGGCAACAUCUUUUCCUCAAGCCCUUGGCUUGGCUGCCUCCUUCAGCCCUCAACUCAUCUUCGACGUGGCCAACGCUACGGCCACUGAGGUUCGCGCCAAGCACAACUUUUUUGUCUCUGUCGGCUCUUAUAACGACCACACGAGCUUGAGCUGCUUCAGCCCUGUCUUGAACAUCAUGCGGCACCCGCUCUGGGGCAGGAACCAGGAGACAUAUGGGGAGGACCCGUUCCUGACCACAGAGCUGGGAGUUGCGUUUGUGAAGGGGCUGCAGGGUGACCACCCCCGUUACGUCAAAGCUAGUGCGGGCUGCAAGCAUUUUGAUGUCCAUGGGGGUCCUGAGAAUAUCCCCGAAUCCCGGUUUUUCUUUGAUGCCAAGGUGGAAGAGAGAGAUUGGCGCAUGACUUUCCUGCCUCAAUUCGAAGCCUGUGUGCGGGCUGGAACAUUCAGCUUCAUGUGCAGCUAUAACAGAAUUAAUGGAGUCCCGGCCUGUGCUAACAAAAAGCUGCUGGCAGACAUCCUACGUAAUGAAUGGGGCUUCCAGGGUUAUGUGGUGAGCGACGAAGGUGCUGUGGAGCUGAUCAUGGUUGGACAUCACUUCACCCACAGUUUCCUGGAGACUGCAGUUGCGGCUGUGACUGCGGGGUGUAACCUGGAGCUUUCCUACGGGAUGAGGAAGAAUGUUUUCAUGCACAUAUCAGAAGCGCUCGCCAAGGGCAAUAUUUCUGUGGAACUGGUCCGGGAACGUGUCCGCCCACUUUUCCGCACUCGUCUGCGCCUGGGAGAAUUUGACCCACCAGCCAUGAACCCCUAUAACGCACUGGGACCUGAGGAUAUACAGUCUGAGGCCCACCGCAGUCUGGCUCUCAAAGCCGCCCUCCAGAGCUUUGUUUUGCUGAAAAACCGGAACGGAAUGCUGCCUUUUAAGGCAGAAUAUGUAUUGCGCAAGACCAUUGCAGUUGUCGGGCCCUUUGCAGACAACGCUAAUCUUCUCUUUGGGGACUACGCUCCAAUCCCGGAACCCCAAUACAUUUAUACACCCAGGAGGGGCUUGGCAGCUAUCUCGGCAAACGUUACCUGUGCCCUUGGAUGUGAGCACCCGAGAUGUAACCAGUACUACCCCAAAGAUGUGAAGGCUGCCAUUGAAGGAGCAGACGUUGUGGUUGUGUGCCUUGGGACAGGAACCGAUAUGGAGACAGAAGCCUGGGACCGCAAGAACUUGUCCUUGCCCAGACAUCAGCUGGAACUUCUGCAGGAGGCUGUGGCCUGGGCUGCUGGCCGUCCUGUGGUUCUGCUCCUGUUCAACGCUGGCCCACUGGAUGUGAGCUGGGCCAAGGAAGAGGAUGGCGUGGGGGCAAUCGUGGCCUGUUUCUUUCCUGCUGAGGCCACAGGGCUGGCUGUUGCCAAGAUGUUGGUGGGCGCUGAAGGGGCAAAUCCCGCUGGUAGGCUUCCAGCUACAUGGCCAGCAGGGAUGCAUCAGGUACCACCAAUGGAGAACUACACAAUGAUUGGCAGGACAUACCGCUACUAUGGGAAAGAGGCUCCAUUGUAUCCCUUUGGCUACGGGCUCUCAUAUACUACCUUCCGGUACAGUGAUCUAGUAGUGAGUGCUGACCGCGUGCCCAUUUGUGGCAAUCUUAGCAUCUCUGUGGUGGUGGAGAACGUUGGGUCCAGAGAUGGUGAAGAGGUGGUGCAGCUCUACCUCCGCUGGGGACAGGCAUCUGUGCCCAUGCCCCGCUGGCAGCUAGCUGGCUUCCGCAGGUUGCCGAUACACCAGGGACAAACUGCCAAGGUGACCUUCCUGGUAUCUUUCAGCCAGAGAGCCAUCUGGGUUGGACAGUGGCUGCUGGAGCCUGGCACUUUCACCGUCUUCGUUGGUGGCCAGCAACCCUUCCAAGAAGUACGCCUUCCUUCAAAUGUCCUCCAAGCCAGUUUUGAUGUCUUUGGGAGUUCUCGUAGCACGAGCCAAUGCUAGUCUCCCAAACAGACCAGGAUUGCUCAGGGAAAACAACCAAGAAGCUUGCUGAACGGAAGUUUUGCACUAAGUAAAAGCUUGUAGUAGAGCUAAUGUGAGGUUUCUGAGAAGAUACAACUCUUCCUCUGAGGGCGUGGCAGCCUAGUUUCUGCUGACUCCAGUGACUGGAUUGUGCUGGACGAUGGGUGAGGGAGAGGCUGCCCUGUAAAGAAAAGAUUGCCAGGAGAAUCACAGAUUGCUUACCAAAUAGUAAUAAACACCAUUUUCA